AUGUCCGGAUCACAAAUACUAAAUGCUUAUUCUGUCGCCAAUAUAGUUCUUGUUUCACUUUUUCCGAUUACGGCUUCCUUCCCACCCUUAUGCACAUAUUUUUUUGCAGGAUCGGAAUGUGAAAUGACCUGGGAUGAACUAGAAGUCAUGGUUUUUGCUGUUAUAGUCGGUUUUAUUAAAAAUAGGAAGGCUCGACCAGGAUCCUGGCUGGAAUACACGUCUCCCUACUUUUUAUAUGUUAAGCUUGGCAGCAGCAUACUACUCUGCAGGAGAGAUAUUAAAUUAGGAUCUCUAUACAUUAUCAUGUGUAUUGUUGUAUACCUCCUGUUUCCUGAGCCAGUUUACGCUGGUCCUGAUAAAGUCGAAUACUUUAGUGAUUCCAAUAUACAAGAUGAGAUUACCAGAGAUAAAAGUAUAACAUGGUUAAUCGCAUUUUAUACACCUUGGUCCAACACAUGCGUAAGGCUAGCACCAGUAUUUGCUCAACUUUCGUUAGAAUACAAAAUAAAUACCGGCGUAAUGUCGAAACAAAUUCCAACAGUUAUUUUAUUUGAAGGCGGUAAAGAAAUUACGAGACGUCCUGCAAUAUCAGUUACUGGUAAAGUGUUAAUGCGCUUCUUCUUUACUAAGGAAAAUCUGACGUACUCAUUUGAUCUUAAUGAACUAAGCGCAAAGACUAGGGCAAAAUGCAAAACGGCGGAGCGUGAUCACACGAAACAAGAUUAA